UCAGAAAGCGAGCGCUGGCCAAUGGGCGCACAGCCUCUCGCCAGCUGGCGGCGCCGCGCUCACCAGCCUAUAUAAGCUCGGCGCCUCGGCAGCCGGCGCACUCGCUGGUGGUGGGCGCGCUGGUCCCGGUGGCUGGUUCCGCCUUUGCGUUCCAGUUCUCUUUGCGCUCCAGCUCUCUUCGCGCUUCGUGGCUUUGGAUAACUUGCAGCUCGUCAAGGGCACCAUGACUCUGGAAGAAGUCCGCGGCCAGGACUCAGUUCCGGAAAGCACUGCCAGGAUGCAGGGCGCCGGGAAAGCGCUGCACGAGCUGCUGCUAUCGGCUCAGCGCCAGGGCUGCCUCACCGCCGGCGUCUAUGAGUCCGCCAAAGUCCUGAACGUGGACCCCGACAACGUGACCUUCUGCGUGCUGGCCGCAGAUGAGGAGGACGAGGGCGACAUCGCGCUGCAGAUCCACUUCACGCUGAUUCAGGCGUUCUGCUGCGAGAACUACAUCGACAUCGUGCGCGUAGGCGAUGUGCAGAGGCUGGCGGCGAUCGUGGGUGCGGGCGACGAAGAAGGGGGCGCGCCCGGCGACCUGCACUGCAUCCUCAUUUCGAACCCCAAUGAGGACGCGUGGAAGGACCCAGCCUUGGAGAAACUUAGCUUGUUCUGCGAGGAGAGCCGCAGUGUCAACGACUGGGUACCUAGCAUCACGCUUCCCGAGUGACCGCCCGGCGGGGGCCUUGGUCUGGUCGAGGACGGGGUGACGCCCCGGGGCGCCUAGCGCACUGCCGGCACUGUGGAGGGGCCCUCCGAGGACACCCGAGUGCGGCGUGGAGACUGGCAGGCGGAGGCCCGGAGAGCCAGGAGCGGGCCUCCCCAGGAGGUGUUUGGCCAAGGCAGGGCAGGCUGGCCCGGGCCGAGGACUUGGCGAGUGUACGGAGCGGCUGGAGCGGCUGCUCGCUCGAGAAGGCGAGGUGGGGACGGUGGCCUCGGAGCAGGGAAGGACAGACUGGCUGGGUAGGCAUGACUCAGCACCUGCGUUCCUGUGAGGCAGGGAGGGCCGGCCCGGCCGUCUGGACUCGGUGCAGCCACGGGAGCCUGACGACUUGGCUCUGCUUUUGCAAAAGGGAUCGGGCAAGGUUUCGAUUUCUAGAGGAUACUGCUGUUGAAGCUUUGAAUUUUACAAUAAACUUGUUGAAACAAA